UCUUAUUUAUUUAUUUUAUUCUGCCUAGCUUUUGGCUACACUCAACCACGCAGGCAUGGGAGUGUCCUCUAGGACUGUGUGGAGAGUGAUAAGCGAAAAUGCAGCGGUCAUGCGGUCCACUCCCAUUCCGGAAGCUGGGGAAAUAUGGGCGUAUGACAAUGUAAAUAUCAUGGUCAACGUCCAACAGGGAAGGCGCAAGGAUCUCAGUGAUGACGACUUUCUCCCCAGUAAAGAGGACAUGACCAACCUGAAGAAGAGAUUCGGUGCACACAUCAAGGCAGUUCUGUCUUCAGAGUUCUUGUCAUUUGCCAACCACAAAAAGCCUCCACCAAAGCGGAAGUCAACUACUUCAUCAACAUACAGACCACUACAGCUCAUGGGCGCCAAUGAGGCAACCACGUCAGACAACAUACAGAUCCUCCGACAGUUUGCCACAGAGGCAGGCAUGACAGCAGAGAACUGUUGGGAUCAGGAAGUAAUUGGCGACCAAGCCACCUGUAAGAACAUCAGAGGUGCGCGGAGGUACCGACAGGACGAUGUGGAUGACCUUGAGAAACUGACGUGGGCGAAGGAAUGUCCGGGUGAUUUCCACUUCUUGUGGGAAACAGGCCGGUGUCUUUUCCUAGCCUACUGGUCCUCGCCCAAGAACAUCGGGUCACUUGCCCAUCUGAAGGAUGCGGUAGAUAGGCGGACUGUUGACUCUUUAGGCAAGAAGUUCAACCAGAUGGAUGAGUUCCUGCACCAUGCUUGCGAAGGUCAUCUGGUUGCAGCCCUCCUUCAACAUCUGGAAAUGGACAGUCCCUCCGAGGUCAUCGAAGAGCGGACAGAAGAGGAGCUGGAGGACCUUGUCCAUAGUUUUAUGGACCAGUACAUCUUCAAAAGGUCUUCGGGCAACAGUGUGGACGACUCCGUCUUUCAGUUUGCAACAUCCCUCUUACAACACCUGAUGCUGUACACAGAUCUCCGACAGUGCAUUAGGGAUGAAGAUGGUCCAGCUGUGGUGGCUCACUGGCGGUUUUGGCUGCCAACAUUUCUAGGCACUGGACGAAGUCAGUACAGUACCGAAGCUGCAAACCAUCUGGCCAAUCUAAUGGCUGAUUGGUCACCCAAAACGGCAUAUGUGUUGACGCACAACCGCGGAGUGAACACACAUUCCAAAGAAGGCCACGGAAAACCAGUGGAUAUGCUGGUGGAGCAUUACAACAAGUAAGUUUAUUGCACAGUAUAUCUUAAAAGGCAAUGAUUGUAGGCAAGCUAGUUCACAGUGCAGAGUUUGCAUGCCGUAAAGUUUGACAAGCAACCUAACAUCACUGGAACACGCAGGUCUAGUUGCUUCUUUACUUAGAGUGUUUGAGUGCACUGAAAAGAACUAACUUCUGCCUAAUAUUUACAUUAUUUACAUAUCAAUGAUAACAGCACAUUCCCUUUGAUCAAAAAGUAACUUGCAAUGGGAUAUACAAACUUUACAAUGAACUUAAAUUCCAUUCCACAUAGCAGUUAUAUCACCAGUUACAUUAUUGGUAUCACACUUAAACAAGGCAACUUGCAAAGCAUUUACAUUAUUUACAUUGUCAUGAUAACAGUCCCUUUGAACAGAAAGGAACUGAUUAGAAUCCUGAGACACUAUUGCAUGUUACUUAUUAAUAAGUUAGUCUCCUAUCCACACUUGAAGUCCAGCAAAGAAAACUCUGACCCAAAAGCACAAUAUUAGAAUCACAAUCAUCUGAAGCAGAAUUUUUCUUCUCAUUUCAGGGUCCUUAAGAAAGUUCUGAAAUCAUCAGGUGGACACUUAACACUGGAACAUGCACAGGAAGUUUCGUUGGCCGUGCCUUUGAUCGACGAGGCGAGGCGCCUCUGUGACAAGGUCUUCGGGACAAGGCAAACAGUUGGUCACACGUCGCCAUCAGCCACCAAAGA